CCCAGAAUACACUAGAAACAGCUCAUGCACACUCAUGCUCAUGUGAAGUACGUGAGUUUAAACGUCGAUCUCCCACCAUACCACGUGUGAUGAAAUAAAGGGGACAAAGUCACGUUAUAAACUAUCAGACGUGCAGGAAAUUGAAUUAAUCCAACAUCAGACGUUAAACGAACCGUUUAUUUUUACAAAAGGUUUUAGUGCUAGUACGUUUUUUUAAGUGUUGUCUUGAUAAAUAAGUUUCAAAAAAUAAUUAACCAAGCAGGAUGUCUCAAGCAAUUACUGAUAAUGGAAUCAGCCCGGAUAUGACCAAUUUGAGUCAAGAACAUGAAGCAGAUCCAGCGUGCAUUAUGGGAAUGGAAUCCAUUAACAGGGUGGCUAAAAUACCCGUCAUUGAAUCGGGAUUAAGUGUCGCAACCAGUCUAUAUUCAAAAGUAAAGGAUUACAACAGUUUAACCCAGUGGACUUUGUCGACUGCAGAAGGUACUGUCCAUAAGGCAGCAGAACUUACCAGUUCUUUAGCGACGCCAAUGGUAUCGCACCUCCAACAGCCGAUAAAGAAAGUUGACGGGAUUCUCUGUACUGGAUUAGAUUACGUGGAAGAGAAAUUACCGGCUAUUAAAUUACCACCGGGUGAGAUGUACACUGGUGCUAAAGAAAAGAUGACUCAUGCAGUCGAAGAAGCCAAACAUUACGUGGAACCUGCCGUGGAAUCCGCAAAACAUUACGUAGAACCAGCUGUUGUAACUGCUAAACAUUACGUGGAACCAGCGAUUGAAACGGCUAAACAGUUUGUGGAACCUGCUGUUGAAACGGCUAAACAUUUAGUUGAGCCCGCCGUUGAAAGAGCAUGUGCUAUUCGAGAUUAUGGGGUUCAACAAGUUGAAAAAAUCAUUCAUAAAAAAGAAGCUCAACAGGGAUCUGAAGGGAAUGAAAAGGAGCAGAAAGAAGAAAUGGUUAAUGGUUCCAGUUAAUUUUCGAUUAAAGAAAGAAAAAUUGAUAUUUAUUUUGCUCUUUAGUGAAUAAGUUCGAGUGUUUGUUUAGAAAUGUAUGUUUUCUUUAUUUUUAAUAAUUUUGUAUUAUUGUUAAAAUUGUUCACAGUUUUUUUAUGUAUUUGAAGUA